UUCCAUAGUUAUAGUUUUAAACAUUAAAACUGAAUACACCAAUUUCGAUAUUCCUUUUGAGUUUUUUAAUUAAAAUUUUUAAUUUGUUACUCGCGCUGAAAAUGUUAAUUUGCUAUAAAACACUUUUAACAAGUCUUACUAGACCGACAACUACUACUACCGGUACUACUAUACUAUUGUUGAUUGCAACUUAUUGCCAUUGCAAGUACAACUGGACUGACUACUGACUAUACUAUUACUAAAUUACUAUUAACUAUUAGUAAUAUUAUUAGACUUAUUACUUAGUUAAGUAUACUAUACUGAGUAUACUUUACCGAUACCAGUAGAGUAUGAUAAGUAUUAAGUAUAGUUUAUAGCAUUAAUAUUCUAUAGGAACUACACACUAAUUUAUUAUCAUUGUUACCUCUGUAUGGUGCAAGACUUAGUAAACAAAAUUUUAGGGUGUGAGUGUGAGACUAAUCUAAUAAUUAUGUGUUGGAGUGCAUAGUAUUGAACAUUUGUACUUAGACUUGGACUCAGAGAAACACUGUUCUAAAUAGAGCUGGCUCAGCUGGUAAUUCCUACUUAAUUUUGUUCAAUAAUAUAAAUAUACCCAACGUGGGCCAAAUUGUUGUAAAAAAUACCCUACCACUAGUUACUAGUACUAGUACCAGGAUUUCAAGAAUCAUACUGCAUAUAUAAUAGUGGCAGUAACCUGUUGCAACUUAAAUCCCUUUUCAUUAUUUCUUUUUUUCAAAUUCCUUAGAUUUCAUUUUGACCAACAAUGCCUAAAGAACAUUCAAAGCAAAGAUCAAAGAUGAAGCAGAGAAUUAAUACUGUGCCUUAUGUUAAAGGCUAUCAUCCUCCAAGUAGUGAAGAGCAAAUAAAAGCCAUAGGAUUUAAAACAAAAAACCUACCUGUAGAAUACUCUGACAUGUCAAUAGAUUCACUUAAGUUUUUUUCUCCCAUACCACAACCUACAACUGAAGACGAUUGGCUGGCACAGUAUCUGGAAGAGGGGCAAAGCUUCAGGUUAUACAAAUAUCAUAACAAUUUUAAUUUCUUUACUCCAGUUGUUCAGACUUUUACUAUUAGUUUUUAAUUUUAUGGUUUAAAUUUUGUUUAGCCACUGUUAUAGUGCUACACUCAUUUAAUUUUUUUCUGCCCACCAAAAAAAGUAGUAAUAUUUAUGUUAUUUCUUUCCUUUAACUUUAAUUAACACAAAAUUUGUAUGGGUGAUUCAAUGAUUGUUAUUAAAGUUUUGUUAAAUAUUUCUUCAUUGAGAUUUAUUGAAUUGAACUAUAUCUUUAAAUGGUUAAAAUUAAGAUAAUUAACUUAAUUUCAAAUUGACCAUUAUUUAACAUAAAAAUAAUAAUAUAAAUGUAACAAAGUAAAUCAUAUUCCUAUAACUCGGUAAAUACUUUAAAUAGUAUUUUAAAUUAUUUUAAAGGCAAAUAAUUUAUGACCUGAUGGGUAGGCUAUGUGAAGUUUUAGACAAUGUAUUAAAAUAGUUAACAUUUUGAUGGAAUUAAAAUGGUUUGGUAUGGAAUUUUAAAGUUUAUUUGCUGAAUAUAACAUUUUAUAACAAUCAGGGGUUUCUAUUUUAUUUUCAAUUAUUAUUUGCUAUUCUUUACUGUGUGAAACUAUUUGUAACUAUAGCAAAAAUGUUUCUCAAAUAUGAUAUCUCUGAAACGUGUUGUGUGAUUUAAUGCAUUAACUUCUUGCAUUUUAUGUGACUGUGAUGCUGUGUAGCACAAAGUAAAGUGCCCCUGGAGGACCCUGCAAAAAAUAAAUUGGGUCCAUGCCAAAGCCCUUCCACCCCAACUCUCUAAAAAUCAUUUAAAAUGUAUAACUAUUUUUCCAUGAACAGAUAUUCAGUAUGACAAAAAUAGUUACAUUUUCAAGAAAGAUAUGCAUUAAAUUUCUUGUACUUAUACAAACUGUUGCGAAUCUUGAAAUUUUACCUUUGAAUUUAAAUACAAAUAUGAUGACUAUUUUGGUUUCAGUUUUGAUUUGCCACCCCCCACCCCUUUCAGGUCCUUCAACCUUGCAUGGACACAGAACUUUUUGUUUUACAACAUCACUGGCUUUAUUUGUUUUCAUUUACAGAGAAUAUCUGCUAGAAAAUCCAUGGUUCUCCAAAAGAAAAGGCAAGUUUAUGAGACAAAAAUUUGAAGCUGAAGGAAAAACAAUCUGUGAAAGAUACCCCGAUGGUAAAAUAUACAUUGCCAAAUUUGGAUCCUUCAAAAGCAGUGACAUAAAUUUUGAUGAUUUGAUUGAUUAUGUAAAGAAAUUUUUGUGUGUUCCAGUACACAUACUUGAAGGUAUGGACAUUAUUAAAAAAGACAAUGAGUUAGUUCUCAUACAAGAUCCACAAUGCAUUCCAUCAAGUCGUCCUGGAGCAAGGGUGAAAAGAAGUACUUUAGACACAAGGUUUUUAUACUGAAUUUACAUAUGUAAUUAUAAUCCCUUUAAAAUAUUCAAUUAACUUAUGCAUGUACAGAUUGCAAAUAAUAAUUUUAUUAUCCGAUAUUAUCUACAAUUUCCUUCGAUAGCCUGCAGAGUCAGUCAGACACAGGAUAUGUAUGCUUACAAAAGUAUAUAUUACUCUGCUUCUGAAUCCCCGUUACCCACUGAUGCUUACUUAUUUAAAACAGAGAAUAGUUACGAUUCAAAUUUUUUUUAAACUUCAAAUUCACCAUUUACAUUAAAUUAAAUAAUGUCAUUUUAAUUUGUCCAAUAGAUUCAAUGCCCAGACCAAGCACAUACAAAUUGGAGUAGAUUCAAUUCUCCCUAAAAUGCACUCCAUGAUACCACCUGAUGCUUUAUGUCUGAUAGGAUUAACUCCUUAUGAUUUAUAUGGGGAUGAGACAGAUUUGUUUGUUGCUGGUAUGGCAGCUGGUAACAGAAGAGUAGCUAUUUUCAGUUUGCUGCGGUACAAUCCUGCUCUUACUUUUUCAAAGGAAUUCUGGUAAUUUCUGUUAAAUGUUAAAAUGUAUGUUUUAUUACUACUCACAAGAAGUAUUUUUUAAUUGUUAUUUAACAAAACACAAAAUAAAUUAGAUUACUUUUUUUUGGGUUAAAAAAUGCAAUCUAAAAUUUCAGGUAUGAGAUUGUAGAAGAUAAUAACAUUGAUCUUAAAGAGAAGCAGAAAUUAAUUUUACAAAGAUGCUGCAAACUGGUUGUGCACGAAUUGUGCCAUUUAUUAGGCUUACCUCACUGUAUCUACUUCCGCUGCUGCAUGAAUGGUUCAGGUAUUGUUUCAUAAUAAAAUAUUAUUAUUUAUAUGCAGUACCGGUACAAUAUUAGGUUUUGAAUAUUAAAUGAGUGAUUAGAAUUUGAAAACAAUGAAAGCUGUCAAUUACUUAGUCAUUCUUUGUCUGUAGCUAAUUAAUAAUUUCAUUAUUGGAGAGAACAAUUCUAAGAAAAAAUAUUUAAUUAUAUUACUAAUUUCUUUAUACAGAAGCCAGAAUAAACUCUAGACAUUAUUUUAUUAGCACUUGUAAUACCUCAUGCAAAAAUUAUAUAAGCCCUUAACAUGCAGUUAAAAAACCUGAGGUACACACUAAACAAAUAUUUCCUUGACUUCAUACAGGACAUUUGUCAGAAGAUUUUAACCAGCCCAUGAUGCUAUGCCCAGUAGAUCUUCAUAAGCUCCAAGCACUGAUUGGCUUUGAUAUUGUAGAUCGAUACCAAAAUUUAUUAGAUUUCUACCAAAAGCAUGGCUUUAGAGAGGAGGCUGAAUGGACAAAUAGAAGAAUUAAAUACAUACAAUCACAGAAUGUAAAUUAUGUAAAGUAAUUCAUGCUAAGAUGUGGAAUUUAUUAAAACCAGUAAUACAGAACAUGAAAGCUCUGGGCAUAUAGUGUAAGAAUGAUUUGUUUAUUGUGGAUCAGUUUAAAAAAUUUAUCAUGACGCAAGAGAUUUAUAUCAUUUAUUCAUGAAGCUUAACUAUGACAAAACAGAAGCACUCCUUAUUCAUGAUCUCAAAUCAUCCUCUAACUCAACUCUCCCACUUUAUUUCAUGUAGGUAAUUCCGAUAUACCGUUUACAUUCUCUGCUGGGAAUAUGGGUUAUAUUCUGUAAAACAACAUGUCUCUCGAUAAUCAUAUCUCUCUCAUUUGUCGCUCUGCAUACAUCGCUGUUCGUCAGAUCAGCUCCAUCCGCCAAUACCUCACUUAUUUUUUCUUAAUGCAACAAAAACCCUAGUCUGUGCUCUAGUUCUCUCUCGUCUUGACUAUUGUAACUCUCUUCUAUCAGGUUCACCAAAACACUUCUUAGAAAAAUUAAAAAAGGUUCAAAACUCAGCAGCUAGGCUAAUUCUAAAAGCAAAAAAACGUGAUCACGUCACACCACUACUUCAUUGGCUCCCUGUGCAAGCACAGAAUGACUACAAACUCUCUGUUCUCUGCUACAACUUUUUCUCGAAUUCCUCCCCUUCCUAUCCAACUGACCUUCUCUCUGUCCAUUCAAACUUUCGACAGCUUCGCUCCUCCGCUGACGCGCAUAUUCUUUCUGUCCUCAAGACUCGCACAAAAACUUAGGAUGAAUGAUUGUUCUCUUUCUGUGCCCCCAAAAAAUGGAAUUCUCUUCCAUCACACAUCCACAAUAUACCGACCCACGCAGCCUUCAAAACUGCACUCAAAACACAUCUUUUUAAACUCUACUAUCCUGACUGAUUCCCACCUCUGACUGACGAACGACGCUGCUGGGUGUCGUCCAUGGCUUGACAUGUAAAUAAAUUUAAAUAUACAUUUGUUUUGUUUUAUUUAAUUCAUGUAUGUUAAUUAAUUUUUAAGUUUUUGAUUAUUUUUGUUACAUUGUACGUAAAGCGUGGUAUCCCAGUCCUAGGCUGGAGUACCAUGCUAUAUAAAACCUCUUAUAAUAAUAAUAUAUAAGAGGUCAAAGUGCAAUCUUUUAAAAUCAGAACCAGAUUUUUGGGGGUGGAGGGGGGAGGUUUGGCAGGACGCCUGCAUUGGUGUGGGGGGCACCUUUGAAAAAAAAAAAAGAGAAGGUUAAAAUAUAUAUUUGAGUUUGUAUCAUUUAUUCAUAAAACAGAGUGAUUUUGGGGUGGCAAACGACAUAAACUGUGAUCCCAGUGUCACCUUCUUUACUUCAAAAACACCACAUAAGUCCUUUUCUAAUUCAAUAAAGUCUUGAAUUCAAUUUUGAUCUCUUCUUGGGUGUAGAUGCAGCAAUGACCAUUUUUCAUAUUUCCAUAAAUUAUACACUAAUGUUUGCGAGCCUGAGUCUUGGGGUGAAAAUAGUCUACUCAUUGGUCUUCAUUUUAGCGAUAAUCAUUGAGCUAGGGCAUCUGGGAUUAAUGCCAACAACAUUUAUAAUGUUGCUGUCACCCACCCACAUCCAUGCUUGUUAAAUAAGUCUAAAUAAAUUAAGUAGUUUUAAGCUCAAUGUUCGCACCAAGCCACUUCUGAUCUAAGGUCAAGAGAAGGGGAACAAAAUUCGGGGAUUAAUAUGGUAGAACGCCUGGAUUGUUUGUCAGUGUGGCUUGUUGAGUUAGUUUAUUUGACAUUUCUGGUGUUUUAUCACCCUGAGUGCUUUUCAUUUCCAAACCAGUCUCAACCAACCAUUGAAUGGUAAAAAAAAAGUCUAAUAAUGCAUUUGGCGGAUCACAGGGACAGAUGUGCGGAAUUUAACAAAAAACUUCCUGCACUGCAAGUACAUUGUACUGAUUUUCAUCAUUCACCAUAUGAUACAUAAGUAGAGCAAAAUUACUCAAUACACUAAAUCAAGAAUCUUCAGUCACAGCAAAUGCAGCUUUGCAACUUUUUUCAUCGCUUCAUAUAAG